AUGGAAGUUUCCAACCAACAAAAUCUAAUCAACAUAUGUCUCGAAACCUUCUGCUCACCAACCCGAACCACAUUCCCAGGCCUCUCUAGUUACAGCCCAAGCACAAAAUCCACAUCAGCAUCAACAUCAAAAGCAUCAGAUAACACACCCCAACUCCUCUCACAAUGCGGUUCUUCCAUCAUAACCCUACUAUCUCAUCUCAGUACCAUCAUCCGUAAACACACGGGCAAUAAACCCCUCACACUCCAAAGACUCGACGAUAUACUCUCACUAGCCAAAGAAAAAAUCUACGCAUUUCCCUAUAAAGAUGUUCCAGCAUGCUGGAGAGCACUAUAUCUCGAAGCGAGUAUAUUAAAAUUUUCAGGUCUUGUUGUGGGGGGAUUCUCACCUUUGGAGCUGCGUGAGAAAGAGUAUCAGGUUUCGGAAUGGGAUGGUUCGCAUGAUCGGGCUAUGGAUCAGAUGGUUGAGACGAUGGAUAUGGCUUUAAUCAUGGUGGGGGCUCCUGCUUCUGUGUCGUUACGAUUGGCGAUUGAGUGUGCUAUGGAUCUUUUACAGAAGAUUCAUGAGGAGAUAGUGGAUGAAGAUACUCCCACUCAACCAGCUACGAAACGUCGGAAAAUAUCUUCUAGUGAUUCAUUCUCAGAUGUCACAUUUACAUAUCAAGAUCAUUUUCCAUUAUCUUCCCUCGAAGCACCUCAACUUUCAAACCCCAUCUCGCAAGUAAGCUCCGAUGAUCUCGACCCCAACGCCGACGAAACCAUAAACAACUUCUCAAAUCACAUGCAUCAACCCCAAGAUCCAAGCCUAGGAGCAGAACCCCUCAUCAUAACCUCAAGCAUCGAAUCCUGGCCCGCGCGCACCCAAAGACCCUGGUCCAGUCCCACAUACCUACUAUCCCAAACCAUAGGCGGCCGACGCCUAAUCCCCAUCGAAACAGGCCGAAGCUACGUCGACACCGACUGGGGACAAAAAAUCCUCCCCUUCAAAUCAUUCAUGCAAGAAUACCUUCUCCUCCCUGUAUCAGACUCCCCAACCCCCCGCAAAACCACCGGCUACCUAGCCCAACAUAACCUCUUCUCCCAAAUCCCCACCCUCCGAAACGACAUCCGCAUCCCAGAUUACUGCUACACGAGCCCACCUCCUCCUCAUCCAUCCUGUUCCCCCUCGCUAAAAGAAAAAUACGCUCAAACCCGUGAACUAGACGAACCCCUCCUAAACGCCUGGUUUGGUCCUCCCGGAACCAUAAGUCCCCUCCAUACCGAUCCGUAUCAUAAUAUCCUCGCGCAAGUGGUAGGCAGGAAAUACCUACGUCUUUAUCCGCCGCGGGAAACUCCGAGACUGUAUGCGAGAGGUGUGGAAGAGGGAGGGGUAGAUAUGAGUAAUACGAGUGCGGUUGAUAUCGGAGUAUUAGCCGGCUGGGAUGGUAGCGAGACGGAACAGGAAAAUGAGAGGAGGAAAUUUCCGAUGGUGAAAGAGGCGAGACAUUGGGAUUGUGUGUUAGAGGAGGGAGAGGUGUUGUAUAUACCCGUUGGAUGGUGGCAUUACGUUAGGGGAUUAAGUACGAGUUUUAGCGUGAGUUUUUGGUGGAAUUGA